AUGGAUGUGGAAGCCGCUCCGAACGCUGCUGCUGCGCCGGCUAUGGCUGGCACGAGCAACAAUCCUCCUGCUUCGUUGGAUCCGUCCAUUAGUAUUCCUGAACUUCUCAAGGGCUGGACGACGAAGGCAGUCAAGGAUUUCAGGGCGGAUUUCAAGUCACUCCUGAAGGCGAAGUCCAAACUUCAGAAGAUGAAGUUACUCGAUGAGCAGGGGGAGGUUGAGGAGAUUUUGGCGGCUUCUAACUCGCACGUGACGACUCUGGCGACAAAGCUUGAAGACUACCUGCAGAGCCUCUCAGCCAACCCUGACUUGGCGGUGUCUGACGCUACCAAGGAGAAGUACAGGAAGAUCAACGGUGCGUGCAUCGAGAAGGCGCGGUCUGAGAUAGCGGUCGCCAAGGAUGAGAUCAUCAUCCAGGAGUUGGAUCGGCAGAAGAAACGUGAAGCUGAGGAAUUGAAGAAAGCUGCCGCUGCUGAGGAGAUGGACAGCAUGGAGACGGAUCCGGCGAUCAACGAGAUCGUUCAGCAGCACGUGAAGAAGGCCGAAGAAAAGCUACGCAGGGAUUUCGCGGCGAAGCUGGACAAAGGCCUAUCGGCGGCGCUGCAGAAGGUUUCGCUGGAGAGCAAGAACUCGACGCCGGCCCCUGCUGCUGCUUCGACGCCACCGAACAAGAAGGCGAAGAAGAAGCGCGGGAAGAAAAAGAAAGCUGACGCUCCGACGGACGGCAAGGAGAAGGGCCAGAACGCUACCUCCUCGAAGAAGGCCUGGCGGAGAGCACUCGGGAUGGGUUUGAAGUUUGUGCCUACACCUACCAGGAAUCCGUCAGUCGAAGCAGAUCUCGAUCAACUGCAUCGGCUGACUUCUCUUCAUUUUUUCUUCAAGGAGAAGGGUGACCCGACGGAACCUGUACGCUUUCGUGUGCGGAAUCCUAGUUGGAAACCUGAUCGGGACGUUGUCCCGGAGUCGGUCUUCAAGGAGGCCCAUUCGGACCUCUCUUUCUUGAUGAAAGCGACAACGCCACGGCGCGGUUUCAACCUCUCGUUGGGUGUGCGCAAGGCGUUACGCUCCCUCGCCUCUGACCGCAGCAUCGUGAUUAAGCCAACUGACAAGAACGUGGGUGUGACGGUGUUAGAUCGGCAGCACUACAUCAACCUCUGCAUGGAACAUCUCGGGAAUGAAGCAGUGUACCAGCCGAUCCUACAUGAUCCAACGCCACAGGUCGUGAAGCAGCUGCGGAUCUUACAGACGACGUGGGGACCGGCUUUCCCUGACAGCCUUUGGAAGUAUUUUUUCAAGGAACCACCUGGAGGGUGGCGACCAGCUGCUUUCUACGCAUUUCCGAAGCUUCACAAGAAAGUCCCCGUGGGGCGGCCGAUCGCCGCUUCACACUCAUGGGUGACUACUCCUGUGAGCAAGUGGCUGGACGCAGAACUUCGCUCGCUGGUACUUAACCGCCCAACUUACCUCCGGGAUUCCCUCUCGCUGCUGACGACGCUGGAACGGACUGCCUUUCCUACGACAGUUCUGCUCGCGACGUAUGAUGUUGCUGCGCUCUACCCCAGCAUCUCGAUUGAGCGCGGCCUUGAUGCGGUCAGCAGUUUUCUGAUGAGGGAGAAACCACAGCUCGCCCCACCUCUCAUGGCCAUGCUGGGCUAG